AUAGAUCAGAGAGCGAUAUGAUGCUGAAACCAGACCAAUUUCUAGUUUUUUUCUCCCUUUUCCUUUUCUUCAAUGGCUUCUGCACUUGGACUGCACAUGCAGAUGAAAAUGUGAAAGACACAAGGAUUUACAUUGUGUAUCUUGGGGUAAAGCCUCACGAUAAUCACAGGCUGAUCAAGGAAUCACAUAGCGAUUUGCUUGCCAAGGUUGUGGGGAGCAAGGAAGAAGCUAAAAAGUUGAUCAUCUAUAAUUACAAAUAUAGCUUUUCGGGAUUUUCAGCGAAGUUAACCAAGUCUCAGGCCAACAAACUGGCUGGAUUACCUGGCGUGGUUCAUGUGAUCGGGGACAAGCAGCACCCGCUUAAAACGUCUAGGAGCUGGGAUUUCCUAGGGCUAGGGCAAGGCCAACCAUCUGAGAAUUCUGCAACUGAUAAUCUACUGCAUAAAUCCAAAAUGGGAGAAGGACUCAUCAUAGGAGUUAUAGAUUCAGGUAUUGAUGGGAGACUACCAUCUUUCAGUGAUGCAGGGUAUGGUCCAGUCCCAAAGGCUUGGAACGGGGUGUGCAAAUCCAUGAGUAGUUUCAAUGCAACAGAGCACUGUAACAGGAAAGUAAUUGGAACGCGGUGGUUUGUGAAAGGAGCGAUGCAUGAUUUCGAAGCAGAUGUGACAGAAGUACUGAGAUUAGAUGAUUUUUCUGCACUGGACACACAUGGUCAUGGCACUCAAGUUGCGAGCAUUGCAGCAGGUUCGCCUGUGGAGAAUGUGACCUGCGCAGACAUUUCUUUUGGUGCGAUAAGAGGGGGAGCUCCACGUGCUAGGUUGUCCAUCUACAAGGCCUGUUGGAGGGUGUUUGGACCCAGUAUUUCUUGUGCAACUUCUGAUCUUCUGGCGGCCUUUGAUUAUGCUGUUAGCGAUAGGGUUGAUAUUAUAUCCAUCUCCAUUGGGUUGCCUGUGCCUUUGCAGUCAGAUGUGGAAACCCAGAAUGGGAUUGGGAUUGGGUCUUUCCAUGCGGUGUGCCAUGGUAUCCCUGUGAUUAUAGCAGCUGGAAAUGACGGCCCUUCUGCAUUUACAGUCACAAAUGUUGAGCCAUGGCUCAUAACUGUUGCUGCUUCAACCAUGGACAGAGCUUUCCUCUACCCAAUCACUCUUGGAAACAACGAGACCCUUUUUGUCAACUCGGAAUCUCGACUAGGAACACCUACUUACUUUCCCUUUUAUUUUCUAGGGAGAUAUCAAGGUAUGACAGAUCUGGUAGAGAUAUCAUUCAACGCAACAGAAGCAAAAGAAAAAAUUGUGUUCAUAUUCGGGACAGCUGUGGAUGAACAGCUGAGCUUAGUAGGCAAAGCAUAUGUUGCAGGCGCGGUUGGACUGAUUUACUCGAAUCCCACCAGUAGUGCUCUACCCAGCAAUAUCUACCCUAUCCCAUGUAUUCAGGUUGAUUUUAACGCAGGGACUAUAAUAAAGGAAUACAUAUUCCACAACAAUAAUUCUACUGCACAGAUGGGAUUUCCAGACAUACAUACAGGAAAGCCUAUAGCUCCCAAAGUUGCUGCCUUUUCAUCAAGAGGACCUAGUUCCUUAGCCCCAACUAUCUUGAAGCCUGAUGUUGCAGCCCCGGGGGACAAAAUAUUAUGUGCUACUUCCCUACACGAUCGUGACGCAGAUAAUGGAUUCAAGAUCGGCUCAGGAACAUCGCAUGCUACUCCUCAUGUCACCGCCAUUGUGACGCUUCUCAAAGCAUCACAUCCCGACUGGUCUCCAGCAGCCUUAAAAUCAGCACUGGUCACAACAGCGUGGAAUUCUGAAACAUACCCUUCUCUCAUCUUUGCUGAUGGAUCAUCAGACAGGGUGGCAGAUGCAUUCGAUUUCGGGGGAGGCAUUGCAAAUGCCAAUGGCGCGGAUGAUCCUGGUCUGAUUUAUGACAUGAAAAAAAUAGACUACGUCAACUAUGACUGUGCCCUUGGCUACAACAACUCCGCCAUCUACAACACCACCAAAGAAACCCCAAACUACGAUGUUAAGCAAGAACGUCGCAUCUGUCCCAAGACAAAACCAUCAGCCCUGGACCUCAACUUGCCUUCCAUAGCAGUACCAAACCUGAAUAAACCAGUAACCAUACACAGAACCGUCACAAACGUGGGACCUCCCAAAUCUGUGUACAAAGCCGUGGUUAAGUCUCCAUUGGGCACCACCGUUACAGUGAAGCCCAAUGUGUUGAGCUUUGAUGCCAAUAAACAUAAGCUCUCUUUCACAGUCAGGAUUUCUCCAGUGGAAGAAACAAACUCUGGCUUCACAUUUGGGAGCUUGUUAUGGACUGAUGGUGUCCAUUUUGUCAGAAGUCCAAUUGCUGUGAAGAAGCAGUAUAUCCCCUUGUACUUUUAGUGAAAGAUGUAUUGUUAGGAUUCUUAGAGAGACAGAGAGAGAGUCAAGAUUCUACUUGCUCUUCUUACUUCUCAGUAUGGUAUACCAACCGGCCAGCUAAUUUUGUAAAUCAUCUUACCCUAAUAAUGCACAUUCAACUUCUUUUGUUC